AUGCAGCUCAUCGCGCUCGCAUUAGGGGUGUUUGUGGCGUCAGGAGUGGGGGAAGUGGUUAUUCCAUGGUGGAAUAACGCGGUUUAUUAUAGAAUCUUAGUAGAUUCCUUCAAGGAUGGCGACGGAGAUGGAUUGGGCGAUAUACAGGGUGCAGCAAAACAAAUUAGCUAUGUUCGCGCUCUAGGCGCUGAUGCAGUUAUUCUUUCGCCCUUAUCUGCUAGAAGCACCGACUGUUCCAAAGCUGGGACCGUAGACUUCACUCAAAUCGAUCCACGAUACGGUGAUUUGGAUAAGUUUAACAAUUUUUUGAAGAAAGCGAAUAAAUUAGAGCUUAAAGUGGUAAUUACGUUGCAUUUUGAAGCAAUUAGCACCGCAUCUGAAUGGUUUAACUUUAGCGCGGAACGAAAGAUUGGAUAUGAAGAUAGGGUUCUGUGGAGAGAAGGAACACCCGAUGAAGCACCAACGAUUGGACAUAGCCUCGUGAACUGGACAUGGCACGGGGAUAGGAACGCGUACUAUGGAGCGUCGAACAAUGAAGCGCUACUUAAUUUAUGUUCCGAGAAUACAGCAGAAGCGUUAUCAGAAGCUCAGUGCAUAUGGCUGCGGAGGGGGGUAGCCGGAGUAUUGCUCAGAGUGAAUUUUGACCUUGAUCGCAAUUGUAGUACGAAACUCCUAAGGAAACUUAAAGCAGACGCUAUGAGUUGUGUACGAGGUGUGAAUUUGGAAACGCCAGUAAUUAUUGUCGAGAAUGCCGUAAGUCCUACAGCAUCUGGAGAGUACUACGGCGAUGAAGGGAUCGGUGCCAAUACUGUCAUAAGUAACGCGUUGACAGCCGCUACAAGGCCCUCUGCCCCAGACUUGGCUCUGGCAAUACACGCGGUAAUGUUAUACUCCCCGGAAGACAUGGCACCCACUUGGCUCACAAGUGCUGAAAACGAAAAUCGAAUAACAACGAGAUACGGCGGUGACAUGGUAGAUGCCAUCAAUUUACUGGCUUUAAUUUUACCUGGAGCCGCUAUCAUUCAACAAGGAGACGAAUUAGGUGUAGCUGAUACUCUCUUAGAGUGGGCAACUAACACAGAUUGCUGGCCAAUAUUGGGUACACCUUCUGCAGCACCAUUCCCCUGGGAUGAUACAAGUGGUGCAGGGUUCACGUCAGGCCAACCCUGGCUCCCGCUUGCGCCGAAUUACAGAUACGCCAAUGCUAAAACAGAGUUCGCUAACGAUUUAAGCCACGUUGGGGUGGUGAGAAUUGCUGCCGCAAUGAGGAAGUCACCAGCUAUGGGGCCGCACACGGAGAUAAAACGCCUCGGAGAUGCAAUCGCAGUGUUAAGAUGGGGCGGCACCGGUUCCCUCUUACUCGUCAUCAACUUAAGCCAAGAUCAAACCGAGGUCGAACUGUCAAGAAUUCCAGGUCUUCCGUCUGUGAUGACAGUAGCCACAAGUUCCGGGGGUUCGAGUGUUAAUAGUGGAUUGCACGUUAACAUAGAAAAGGGUCUAAAGCUCAAAUCAAGUGAAGCAGUUCUACUUGCAGGAUCGCAUAGGCAUUGCGGCGGACCCGGUCCAGUAGACAAGAUUGCAAGCAAGUUAUCUGAAGGUUGGCAAAAAAUCAACAAGUAUUUUAGUACGUAG